UACCUUAAUUACUUACUUCGCCGUCCAUGUCCUUCCGUUAUCCAUAUCACAACGCUUGUGUCUAUCCUGAGUGGGAAACACGUGCCUGGACUUGAAUAUCACAUGGUUGGAUGUGCACUUUGUAGUGAUCGAUCGCCGGCAAAUCAGCUCCCUCGUUCAGUCGUUCUAACAUCGCCGACUAAGCGUAACGACUUCCCUUCUUAGCAUUGAUCGCGCCGAGGAAUUCGAGAUCGGCAUUAUGUCCAUAGUCUCAGAGUCAAUCUGGGCCGCCGCACCCACCACCACUCGAGGCCAGCCCACUCAACUCUCCACCGAUUCCAAAGGAGAACGGCUAGCAUAUGCUUCGGGUAAAUCGGUAUUCGUCAGGAACAUCGACAAUCCUGGCGUCAGCAAGCAAUAUACCUCGCACGUUGCGCAAACGACCGUCGCCCGGUUUGCGCCUUCGGGCUUUUAUGUUGCCAGCGGCGAUGUGUCCGGCACCGUAAGGGUGUGGGACUGUGUUGGCGAGGGGGCUACCAAAGGGGAGUAUCAUAUCAUCGCCGGCCCGAUCAACGACAUCGCAUGGGAUGGCGAUUCCCAGCGGAUUAUCGCCGUCGGGAAUGGCAAGGAGCGAUACGGUCAUUGCAUCACUGCAGACAGCGGAAACAGCGUGGGCGAGAUCUCCGGCCAUUCAUCCUCGAUCAAUUCCGUCUCGAUUCGACAACAGCGACCGCUCCGCGCAAUGACGGGCAGCGACGAUACCAAUCUAGUGUUUUAUCAUGGCGCACCGUUCAAGUUCCAGACCAGCUUGCGGAACCAGCACAACAAGUUCGUCUUAGGCUGCGGAUUCAGUCCUGACGGUGCCAAUAUCGUCACCGUCGGCGCAGACCGUCGCAUAUGGCUUUAUGACGGCAAGUCCGGCGAAUCGAAGACCCAGAUCGGAGAGGGGGUCCACACUGGAAGUAUUUUUGCUGUUUCGUGGGCGCAAGACUCCAAGAGGUUGGUUACCGCUAGCGCCGAUCAAACCAUCCGAAUAUGGGACGUCGAAGCAGGAAAAGCGGUCCAAACCUGGCGAAUGGGCGAGGAAGGCAUUCCGAACGUGCCCGACCAGCAGGUCGGAGUCGCUUGGCCGCAUGGGCGCAGUGACGGUCUGAUUAUUAGCUGUGACUUGGAUGGGAACCUCAACUACCUCGUGGAAGGUAAUCCCAAGCCGUCGAAGGUGGUGACGGGCCACCAGAAGAACAUCACCUCAUCGGUCCUCAGCGACCAAACCUUCUACACCGGAAGUUUCGACGGUCGCGUGCGUGCAUGGGACAUCGCGACAGGCCUGGCGGAGAAGAUCGACGGCAAUGGACCGAGUAACUAUAUUGCCGGGAUGUCGGCGGUACCGCUAGACGCAUCUAAGGAGCCGGGAUCGAUCUACGUCGCUAGCUGGGACGACACCCUUCGUUCCAUAUCCGCCAAAACAUUCACCGGCAGCACGUCGUCUCUCGGAUCGCAACCCAAAGCACUAAGCGUCACCAUCGCCGCGCCAUCAGGGCCGAUCGUCCUCGUCGCCACCUCCGAUUCCCUGGAUCUCUACUCUUCCGGCCAGAAGAUCGCCUCGCAUUCCGUCCCGUUCACCCCCACCGCCCUCGCCGCCCACGCCUCCACCAUCGCCAUCGGCGCGGACGACAAGUCCCUUCGACUCUACACUCUCGCGUCGACGGACCUGACCCCCAUCUCCGCCGAACCGCGGAAGCCCACCGCCCCCAUCUCCACCCUCUCGUUCUCUCCCUCCGGAUCCCUCCUUGCCGCGGGGACGACGGGCGGGAAGAUCAUGGUGUAUGACACGAGCAACUGGUCGGUGAAGACGGACCGGUGGAGCGCGCAUACCGCGCGGAUCACGUCGAUUGCUUGGAAUUCGGAUAGUAGCUGUGCUGUGAGCGGGAGUCUCGAUACUAAUGUCAUGGUCUGGAGUUUGCAGGACCCGGGGAAGAGGAUCAAGGCGUUGAAUGCGCAUAAGGAUGGGGUCAAUGGGGUGGCGUGGGUUGAGGGGACGAGCAAGGUCCUUAGUACGGGCGGCGAUGCUACGGUGAAGGCUUGGACUGUGGAUGGGGUUUCCUGAGUCGUAGCUCCAUGCGCAUAUUUCGCGAGCAACAAUGUCCAAAGCUCUCACAGAUAUUGAGCGAAGGCUAGAUUCAGUCAUGUUUCCUGGGCCAACCUAGAAGCAUUUCGUAUGAUAGAACCUUUCGGGGUCCCAUCCUAAAUGAAAGUUCCCUGUGAAUGAUUAAUGAAGC